AUGACUGGCUUAUCUUCCAGAGUAAUUUUUGGAGCCCAGGGGAUAUCAUUCUUUUUAGACCCCGAGGUGGUCGCAGAAGAUGACCUCGGCUUUUUCGAUUUUAGGGACUCUGAUGGCUGGGCUUCAGAGCGCCUCUUCCCAGAUAAUUUGCAAUCUGAUAAUAUUUGUCUAUCUUUCUCAUUGCCUGGACAUCUUAAUUGUACGUUGGACAACAAUGAAGAGUUAGAUUUGUUGUUGGCAUUAGUUGUGCAUUUUGAUUCAAAAUGUAUUGAUGUUGUUGUGAGAGUAAAAGACUCAACCAUUGACUGUGGUUAUCUCAACAAAAGAUUGGAUUAUGAAGAAAGAGAGUCAAUGUUGGAUCUUGAAGUUUGUGAUAUUGCAUUGUCUCAUGACAGCAGUAAGUUUGUGAACUUGUCAAACAGAGCAUCUACAUCUUCCAAAAGGAAUUCGAGGUUAGAGGUUGAAGAAGAGGUUGAUAUGUUAUCAUCAUUUUGUCGACACAAGAAAAAAAUACUGUUGUCUGCUGGUUGGGCAGUUAGUAUUACACAUGUAGGACAGAAAUUUGAAGGUGGAAUUGUUGAAUUUCGUAAUGCAUUGUCGAAGUUUUCUAUUGAGUGUGGAUUUGAGUUCACAUUUGUUCAGAAUGAUAAAGUUUGUGUUAUCGUACAAUAUUUGUUUAGAGAGACAAAAGGUUGUAUGUGGAAUGUUCAUGGUAGAGUGGAGAAUGCUAAUGGGUUCUUUUAUAUAAGGAAGUUGAACAAUGUCCACACAUGUGGUGCUGAAGUACGCACGAUGAAUCAUUCUCGUAUGAGUUCUGAUUUAGUUACUGAUUUGAUUGUUGAAGGUGUUCGUGAUAAUCCAUUGACACGUCCAGUUCAUGUUGUUCGGGAUUUUAAGUUGGGGUAUGGACUGAGAGUUAGUUAUCGUCAAGCUUGGUUGGGGGUAGAGAAAGUAAAAGGUGAGAUUUUUGGAGACUACUUAAUGUCAUUUGACCAGUUAAGAUGGUAUGUGGAUGUUGCAAAGAGUUGCAAUCUAGGGAGUUACAUUGAGUUUGAGUGUGACGAUACUACUAAACGGUUUAAGAGAUUAUUUGUUUCUUUUCAUGGUUCCGUUAGUGGAUUUGAUUAUUGUCGACCUCUCUUCUUCCUUGAUGGCACAUUUUUGAAGGGAAGAUUUAGAGGAAAUUUACUUGCUGCUACAGGAAAAGAUGGAAAUCAAGGGUUCUUUCCUGUUUGUUUUGCAGUUGUUGGCUCAGAGAAUCAAGAUAACUGGAGUUGGUUUUUGGAGCAUUUGAGUAGAAUUGUUUCACCAGAACGAAAUAUUACAUUUGUGUCAGAUCAUAACCUUGGAUUAGCUGAAGUGUUGCCAAAGGUUUUCCCAAUGACUUUUCAUGCUUAUUGUUUAUAUCAUUUGAAGAUGAACUUGAGGCAUCAUUUGUGUGGUAUGUUUCAUGGAUUGAAAGAAAAGCUGAUCACUCUGUUUGGGAAAUGUGCAUAUGCUCCAACUGAAGAAACAUUUUAUCAAUGUUUGGUUGAGUUAAAGAUUGAAGGUGGGUCAAGAUUUAAAAAGUUUUUAGAUGACAUACCAUAUGAUCAUUGGAGUAAUGCAUAUUUUCGAGGGCAACGCUUUGGAGAGAUGUGGUCAAAUGUAACUGAAUCUUUCAAUUCGUGGAUACGAAAGGAAUGCCACUUGCCUAUCACAAAGUUGAUUGAUAGUGUAAGAAUUAAGUUGAUGAGGAAAAUUGCUAAGAGGAGGGAACUUGUUAAUAAAUGGAAUGGUUUGAUAUGCCUUAAAAUGGAGUCCAAGUUGCAUGAUAGUUUUAAUACUUCAAGGCCAUGGAUUGUUAGUUCAUCUGGAAAUGAUGUCUAUGAGGUGCAUUCACAUCCAUCUGUUUCAGUUGACAUUAGUAGACGAAUAUGUUCUUGUAGCGAGUGGCAGUUGAAAGGGUUUCCAUGUGCACAUGUAGUUGGUGCUAUACAAAAGAGUGGACAUGAUUUGAGUUUAUUUGUUGAUCAAUACUUCUAUGUUCAAAGUUAUCGAGAGUCCUAUUCUUUUCCCAUAUAUCAUGUUCCUUUAAUUUGGAAACCCGAUUGUAAUGUUGAUGGUGAUAGUGAAGUUGUUCUUCCUCCUUUGUCUAAGAAGCAACCAGGAAGGCCAAAUAAGAAGAGGAUUCGUUCGAAUGGUGAGAAAGUAAAGCAAAUUACUUGUAGUAGAUGUGGGAAGGUUGGCAAUCACAAUAAGAAAUCGUGUAAGGAGGCUUUGUGA